ACGACGUUAACUACAAUCUCAAGAUGAAAUUCGUUAUUGUUUUCUCCGCUCUCUUCGCCGUUGCCAUGUGCGCUUCAGUGCCACAGGAUUCAGCUCACGCUGAAGUCCUCCGUUAUGACAACGACAACAUUGGAGUUGAAGGAUACCACUGGGCUCUUGAGACCAGCGAUGGCAAGUCUGUCAGCGAAGAAGGAUCUUUGGAGAACGUUGGCAAGGAAGAUGAAUCCCUUGUUGUUCGUGGACAAUACAGUUACGUUGGACCCGAUGGUGUCACCUACACCGUCACCUACAUCGCUGACAAGAACGGUUUCCAACCACAAGGUGCCCAUUUGCCAGUUCCCCAACAAUAAAUUGACUAAACUUAUUUGAAAGUUGCAUCGUUGAAAAGCGUCUGCUGAGACCUGAUUGAUCGAUUUAUGAUUGAUUAGGAUUAAAACACUGUGUUAACUAGUCAAUAUGUGAAUACCUAUAAGAAAUAUAAAAAAAAUUCCUUUA